AUGAACAGUAUGACACCAGUUACUCGACAAGAAGUUCUUGGCCUUUACCGUAAGAUAUUCCGAAUAGCCAAAAAAUGGCAAUCAGCAUCAGGACAGAUAGAAGAAACUAUUAAAGAGAAAGAGUACAUUAAAAAUGAAGCCAAAACAUUAUUCCGAAAAAACAAAUGCGUAACAGAUCCAAAGUUGAUUAAGCAGUGUAUAGAAGAAUGUGAGGCAAGAAUAGAAAUUGGACUUCACUAUAACAUCCCCUACCCGAGACCUAUCCAUCUGCCUCCUAUGGGUCUUGCCCAUAAACAAGGCCGUACAUUGCGACACCAGGAAAAGCUAAGGAAGAUUUCUAAGCCAAUAUACCUGAAAUCCCAUGAUGAAGUUUCAUAACCCAUCAUUUAAGCUGUGAUGUGUAAUCACGUCAUUUAAGCUGUGGACUGUAAUCCAGGUGACUUGUGUGCAGAACUGUGAAUGAAGCUGUUUUGGUCACUUGCUCACACACCUCCUGAGGCCAAAAAGCUAAUUGAUACACUGCAUGUGACGGAUCAGGUUGGUCUAGUAUUUAUUACAUUUCAACCACUGACUCAUCAAUAAAAGUAACACUUUUCAAGGA